AUGCCGCAUAUCAAUGAGACGAUUCUAGUCGACGAGGCUGCCACGGACGUGAAGGAGCUGUGGCGGCCUUCGGCGCCGGAGACGACCCAGAUCUUCGAUUUUAUGACUCGCGUGAACAAAAAGCAUAGCCUGUCCCUGACGCACUACAAUGAUCUCUGGACAUGGAGUGUUUCGGAACCGGCCAAGUUCUGGGAGGAGAUCUGGCACUAUACCUCCAUCAAGGCGCAUGCGCCAUAUCAACAGGUGCUAGGGUCUGAUGAAGUGAUGUUUCCCCGGCCGGCGUUCUUCGAAGGAAGUACUCUGAACUUCGCAGAGAACCUUCUUUACCCGUCCAAUUCGCCAGAUGAGAAUGCGGUUGCAAUCAUCGGAGCCACAGAAGCAGACCGAGAGUAUGUCUCGUGGAAAGAACUGCGCGAGCGGGUCCGGCAAUGCACCAACGCCUUGAAAGAAGCGGGCGUGGAGACCGGUGAUCGUGUGGCGGGCUUUGUGGGCAACCACGCCAACACCGUCGUGGCCAUGCUAGCAGCAGCGUCCCUGGGCGCCUUUUGGACCGGCGUGUCUCCUGACACGGGGGUACAUGCCGUUCUGGAGCGAUUGAAGCAGAUUGAGCCCAAGGUCUUGUUUGCGGAUAAUGCCUCCCUCUAUAACGGCAAGGUGCACGGCUCCCAUGCCAAGGUGCGUGAGAUUGUGGAGGAGUUGCCCAAGUUGGAGUUCCUUGUUGUCUUUGACACGGCCAAAGUGGCCGAGUUCAACAUGGAACAAGUACGACCCGUCCGCGGGAAAGCGGUAGGCUAUCGCGACUUCUUGUCCACGGUGCAUAACCAGGCAGCACCGAUGGAGUUUGCGAGCUUGAGCCCGGAACACCCGGUCUACAUCUUGUACUCGUCGGGUACGACAGGCGCGCCUAAGCCUAUUGUGCAUGGGUCUUUGGGUACGUUGCUGCAACACAAGAAAGAGCAUCUCCUUCACUGCGAAAUCCGGCCAGGCGAUCGUCUGUUCUACUUUACGACGACAACGUGGAUGAUGUGGCACUGGCUGGUCUCCGGUUUGGCCAGCGGCGCCACAAUUGUCCUGUAUGAUGGCUCGCCAUUCCGGCCAUUCGAUUCUGAAGGAGGCAAUGGGGAGAUGGCUAUGCCACGGCUGAUUGAUGAACUCGAAAUUACUCAUUUCGGCACCUCGGCAAAGUACCUCUCGAUGCUGGAACAAGCAGCCCUCAACCCACGCAAGCAUCCGCACCGUCCGGUGAGUCUGAAGACCUUGAAGGCAAUCUUCAGCACCGGAUCCCCCCUGGCCCCCUCAACUUUCGAGUACAUCUAUUCUUCCAUUCACCAAGAUAUCAUGCUCGGCUCCAUCACCGGCGGCACAGAUAUCCUGUCGUUGUUCUGCUCCGGAUGCCCGAUCCUGCCUGUCUAUAAGGGCGAGAUCCAAUGCCGCUCUCUUGGGAUGGCGGUGUCCGUCUAUGACUACGCCGGGAACGACAUCAGUGCCUCUGGCGAACCAGGAGACUUGGUCUGCACCACCCCUUUCCCCGCACAACCAGUCAUGUUCUGGCCGCCUGGCCCAAUGGGUCUAGAGAAGUACCGGAAGAGCUAUUUCGAUGUCUUCGGUCCCACCAUUUGGCACCACGGCGACUUUGUGCGGUUGAACCCAAAGACAGGAGGUGUGGUCAUGUUGGGCCGGAGUGAUGGUGUGCUAAAGCCAUCCGGGGUUCGGUUUGGAAGCGCAGAAAUCUACAAUGUUCUGCUGAAGCACUUCGCCGAUGAGGUUGAAGAUUCCCUGUGCGUGGGCCGGAGACGCGAGGGCAUCGAUUCAGACGAGACCGUCGUCCUCUUCGUGAAGCCGAAUAAGGGAGGCAUCAUGCCGGCGGAUCUGGCUGCGCGCAUCCAGGCGACCAUUCGUAAGGAACUCAGCCCUCGCCAUGUACCCGCCAUUAUCGAUGCAUGCCCGGAGAUCCCGGUCACCUCGAACGGCAAGAAAGUUGAGAAUGCCGUCAAGCAGAUCCUGUGCGGCCUCAACAUCAAGAUUGGGGCUAGCGUCGCCAAUGCUGCGUGCCUUGAUUGGUAUCGCAACUGGGCUUUGGAGCAUUCUUAA